AUGAAGUUUGACGAUAUUCUUGCAGAUAUCAAUGGUUUUGGAAAGUUCCAGAUCAUGAUCGUGCUUCUCCAGUGCAUUUCUCGGGUGACACUGCCGUUUCACUUCCUCCUGAAUAACUUCAUCGCCGCUGUGCCUGCACACCGCUGUGACAUCAGCGGUCUGGAUAAUGGAGGCGUAUUUGAGAAUCUGACCCAGGAUCAGAGGCUGAAAGUCAGCAUCCCGGCAGAGGAAGAUGGGACCCUGAGUUCCUGCAAGAUGUUUGCAGAACCUCAGCUCCAUCUCCUGCACAACUCCUCAAGCCCUGCUGAUGUGUCUGUAGUACCGUGUCAGAAUGGAUGGGUGUACGACACCAGCACCUUCACUUCAACUUUAGCAACUGAGUGGGACCUAGUGUGCGAGAAGAAGGGAAUGACUAAAGCCACUGCUACUAUUUUCUUCAUUGGAGUGAUGUGUGGAGCAGCACUAUUUGGCAUCCUCAGUGACAGAUAUGGACGAAGGAGCAUGCUUUUAGUGGCCUACUUGUCAUCAAUAGUUUUUGCAUUGGCCAGUGCUUUCUCAACAUCUUAUGUGAUGUUUGCAAUUUUGAGGUUUUUUACUGGAUUUUCCCUCACAGGGAUAAGUAUUAUUUCCAUUGUCUUAAGUGUAGAGUGGUUUGACAUUAAGCACAGGACGUUUGCUGGAGUUAUUUUGAGCCUGGACUGGACAUUAGGUAACAUACUGCUGUCAGGAAUCGCAUAUUUUAUAAGUGACUGGAGAUGGCUGAUGCUUGCAGUGACCUCCCCUCUGUUUUUGGCUGUCAUUAUUUGGUGGUGGCUUCCUGAGUCUGCUAGGUGGCUGAUAGCCAAUGGACAGGUGGAAAGGGCUCACAUGUACCUGGAGAGAUGUGCCAAAAUGAAUAAGAGAGCGGAGUGUAUGUUAACAAUUAAGCCACAGACCCUCUCUAAUGUUUUGACAGUUGAGAAAGGAAGGAAAAAUUACACUUAUCUGGACCUGGUGAAAACUCCAAAUAUGAGGAAGCUGGUUGUAUGCACUGGAAUAGUGUGGUAUGGAGUUGCAUUCACAUAUUAUGGAAUAAGUUUGGACAUCACAGGAUUUGGGCUGAACAUCUAUCUAACCCAGUUCAUCUAUGCCUCAAUUGAAAUGCCUAGCAAGAUUCUGAUAUAUUAUAGUCUUGAUCUAUUUGGCAGAAGACGUAGUCAGGGUGGAACGCUCAUUUUGACAGGAAUCUGUCUUGCAAUAAAUAUCUUUGUUCCUCAUGAUUUGUGGGUUUUCCGUACCAUUGUUGCUGUCCUUGGAAAAGGGCUGUCAGAAUCAUCCUUUACCACAGCCUUCCUAUACACAGCUGAACUUUACCCCACAGUGGUUAGACAAAAUGGCGUGGGCUACACCUCCUUUUUGGCUCGUCUCGGAGUGUCCAUAGCUCCACUGAUCAUGUUAUUGGACGAUGUGUGGGGGCUUCUCCCUCAGGUUAUAUACUGCUCGGUGGCCAUUUUAUCUGGAGCGGUUGCUUUGCUGCUCCCAGAGACUAAGAAUGUGCGUCUCCCAGAGACCAUUGAAGAUGUUGAGGAAAGGUACAGUAUAACAAAGGUCUUUAGGCCGGCUUAUGGUCCACCUGUGCAUGGAUAG